UCACACUCACUCUCGCCAACGUAACGAAAAGAAAGGAAUAGAAAGGCUAAAGACCAUAAACCCUAGUCCGAUCUCCUUCUCCCUUUACUCGACACGUGUCAUAAGCCACAACCUGGCCACGGAUUUCAUUCUUCUGCUCCAUUGUAUAUCUAAAACUCGGCCUUCUUUAUCUUCAGUUUUCACUUCACACAUAGAUGACGAAACCUGUUUCUACUAGUACUUCUUCUCAUCAACAUCUAGAUUUUUCCAAGCUCAUGGAUGAAACUGAGUUUAAAGUUGCAGAAAUUUUGCUGCAAGUUCCGCAACUACUUUCGAAAUCCGAGUCUUUGCAUCGGUUUUCUUUUACUUCUUGGGGAAGAAAGAGAAGAAGAUCUUCUAAAGCUCAGACCCCUUCUUUGCCUCCUGUGGCUGUGGGUUCUAUCUCUGAGAUUGAGAAGAAGCCUAAGGCUCUGAGUCCCGCUACUCCUUUGUUGUUCUCUCCCAGUGAAUCUGAUGACAAGUCUAAGCACUCUAAAAGAAAGGUUUCUCUUAAAAGGAAGAAAGAGGACUGGCUGGGGAAGAUUAAAGAGUUAACGCGACGCAAAGAAAUUUUGAAAGAGGAAAUAAAGAAUGUACAACGCCAUUACCAUGAACAAAAACUUCUGAAUUUAAGUCUCAAGGCCAAGAAACAUAUGCUAAUUGUUGGUCUUCCAAAUGAAGAGUCAGAAAGCCAAUCGAAUCGAAAUCAUGCAGCCAUAUUGGAUAUUCAGCAAAGUUCUUUCUUGGUACAUGAUACCAAGGCAUGUGAGGAAAGGGUGGUGGGUAGUGGAGUUUGUCUCUUCGAUCUAAACCUCUUACCGGAGGAGUGUUGUGGUGGUGGGAUUGAAGCAGUAAAUAUGAGUGGUGUUGAUAAGAGUGAUAUGAAGGCGUUGGCUGCACAAGCAAGACAUAGAAGGAUUCAGAUAUGCAGGUCUAAGAAUCUUAAUGUUAGAUCACGUUAACCCAUUUUGUAGAUGAGCUUUAUAUUAUUAUAUUAUUAUAGUUGGUCAAAAGUUGUAGAUUUAGCUCCCUAAUUUAUAGUUCAAGUAGUAAAAGUGAAUGUAUCCAAACAACAAAGUGGGUAUAAGAUCAAAAUUAUUGGUCGAAUAUCAAUAACAACAGUUGUAAUAUUGGAUUUCAUAUAUUUCAAUUAAGAAUUUAGAUCA